AUGUCUAGCUCUCGUGCUAUUGGUAUCGACCUCGGCACCACGUAUUCGUGUGUUGCAGUGUGGCAGAACGACCGCGUCGAAAUCAUUGCGAACGACCAGGGAAACCGCACCACCCCUUCUUACGUCGCUUUCACCGACUCUGAGCGUCUCAUCGGUGAUGCCGCCAAGAACCAGGUUGCGAUGAACCCUUACAACACCGUUUUCGACGCCAAGCGUCUCAUCGGCCGCAAGUUCUCUGACCCCGAGGUCCAGUCCGACAUGAAGCACUGGCCCUUCAAGGUCAUCGACAAGGGCACCAAGCCCUACAUCCAGGUCGAGUACCGCGGUGAGCAGAAGCAGUUCUCUCCCGAGGAGAUCUCGUCCAUGGUCCUCAUCAAGAUGAAGGAGACUGCCGAGGCCUACCUUGGCGGCACUGUUUCCAAGGCCGUCAUCACUGUCCCCGCCUACUUCAACGACUCGCAGCGUCAGGCUACCAAGGACGCCGGUACCAUCUCUGGUCUCGAGGUCCUCCGUAUCAUCAACGAGCCCACCGCUGCCGCCAUUGCCUACGGUCUCGACAAGAAGACUGAGGGCGAGAAGAACGUUCUCAUCUUCGACCUUGGUGGUGGUACCUUCGAUGUCUCCCUUCUUACCAUUGAGGAGGGCAUCUUCGAGGUCAAGGCCACCGCCGGUGACACCCACCUUGGUGGUGAGGACUUUGACAACCGUCUCGUCAACCACUUUGUCCAGGAGUUCAAGCGCAAGAACAAGAAGGACCUGACUGGCAACGCCCGUGCCCUCCGUCGUCUCCGCACCGCGUGCGAGCGUGCCAAGCGCACCCUCUCGUCUGCUGCCCAGACCUCGAUCGAGAUCGACUCGCUCUUCGACGGCAUCGACUUCUACACCUCGAUCACCCGUGCCCGUUUCGAGGAGCUCUGCCAGGACCUCUUCCGCUCCACCAUGGAGCCCGUCGAGAAGGUUCUCCGCGACGCCAAGAUCGACAAGGCCAACGUCAACGAGAUUGUCCUUGUUGGUGGCUCGACCCGUAUCCCCAAGAUCCAGAAGCUCGUCUCGGACAUGUUCUCUGGCCGCGAGCCCAACCGCUCCAUCAACCCCGACGAGGCCGUCGCCUACGGUGCCGCCGUCCAGGCCUCCAUCCUCAACGGUGAGACCUCCGAGGCUACCCAGGACCUCCUGCUCCUCGACGUCGCCCCCCUCUCCAUGGGUAUCGAGACCGCUGGUGGUAUCAUGACCCCGCUCAUCAAGCGCAACACCACCGUCCCCACCAAGAAGUCCGAGAUCUUCUCGACCUACGCCGACAACCAGCCCGGUGUCCUCAUCCAGGUCUACGAGGGUGAGCGUGCCAAGACCAAGGACUGCAACCUCCUCGGCAAGUUCGAGCUCUCCGGCAUCCCCCCCGCCCCCCGCGGUGUCCCCCAGAUCGAGGUCUCGUUCGACGUCGACGCCAACGGAAUCCUCAACGUCAACGCCUCCGACAAGACCACCGGCAAGUCGUCCCGCAUCACCAUCACCAACGACAAGGGCCGUCUCUCCAAGGACGAGAUCGAGAAGAUGGUCGCCGACGCCGAGAAGUACGCCAAGGAGGACGCCGAGGUCGCCGAGCGUGUCCAGGCUAAGAACGCCCUCGAGUCUUACACCUACUCGCUCAAGAACACCCUUUCGGAGAACGGCGACAAGUUCUCCGCCGAGGACAAGCAGGCCCUCGAGUCGAAGAUCGACGAGACCACCUCCUUCCUCGACAAUUCCGAGGCGGCCAGCAAAUCAGAGCUUGAUGACCACCUCAAGGAGUUGGAGAGCGUGGCCAACCCGAUCAUGCAGCGCUUCUACCAGCAGCAGGGUGGUGCUCCCGGCGGUGCCCCCGGUGGCAUGCCCGGUGGCGCUCCCGGCGGCGCUGCUCAGCAGGACGACGGCCCCAGCGUGGAGGAGGUCGACUAA